AUGGAAGAAUUACAAAGACUUCGAGCGUCCCGAAAAGCUUAUCGAGCACACCUCACAACACUUUACAAGAAGAUUAUAGAAUUGAAAUCCGCCACGACUAUCGAUGAACUUCAUAUUGCCACGCUCGAAAACUACUGUCAACAACUCAAAAGAAAGAAAGACAUCUUAACACCACUCAAUGAACAAAUUGCGAAAGCUAUCACCAAACCCGAAGACCUUGAAAGUGAGAUUUUUGAAACGGAAGAAAUGCACAGCACAAUCGACGAAAGGUACAGUGAACUUACCACAUUUAUUGAGAUAAAACGAAACGAAUUAAAGCUUAAAGUUACUGUACAAUCAUCCAAUAACACUGAUGAGUCAUCCCCAGAAACCUCACCCCAACCAGAACAGUCUAUUCAACAGGAAAAUAUCCAUCAACCAGAAAUGAGUCAAAGCCCAGUUGGACCCAAUUCCCAAACAGAGGAAACCCCAGCUUCCAACAACACUAUUCAAAAUCAAACACUGAUUAAUAACAAUAUCAAUGGUGCCAGUGCCAGUGCCAAUG